AUGGAUGAGGAGACGGCCAGGCGGCUGGUGGCGCGGGAACGCAGCCCUGACCUCAUGGACGAGGAGACGGUGAAACGGAAGCUGGCUGCAGAGCGUGCGGCGGCCGCCGCGUCGCCGGAGAGAAACGAGGAGGACAGCCGGGCGAGCGCGGCGCGCGCAGCUUGCCAGGAGAGCAGCGGGAGCAGCCGCAGCCCCAGCCGCAGCAAGCGUCGCAGAAGCUGCAGCCGCAGCCGCAGCCGCAGCCGCAGCAAAAAACGCUGCGACCGCAGCCGCAGUCGCAGCCGAGAUGUGCGCGAGAGCCUUCGACCCGGCGCUCAGGUGAGCCUUACGGACCUGAAGCAGGCGGCGGCCCUGAACGGCUCGCGUGGAGUGCUGGAGCGCUUCGACGCGGCCUCCGGGCGCUGGGAGGUGAAGUUGCUGGCGACGGGGGACGUCAAGGCCCUUCGCCCGGAGAACUUGUUGCUGGAGGCCGAGCCCGAGACCUCCGCCGGCGAUGGCAUCAGCAGCCCUCAGCCGGACAUUGCGCCCAGGUCGCCCCCGCCAGCGCCGGCCUUGACCGGGCGAGCCGGCGCCCGCUCCACCGGAGCCCCACCCCCUCCCGCCAAGCCCGCGCGGCGCACGGGAAUCAUCCGAUGGUACAACGGGCGCCGGAGGCUUGGCGCUGUCAUCCCAGAUGAAGCCGUGCCGGGAGCGCCGGACUUGUUCAUCCCGGCCCAAGGGGCGCCCAACGGCUCGCAGGUGCCACCACAGCCGGGCGGUCUCUUCCAUGGGACCAGGGUGAGCUUCCUGCCGAUGGCCAUCAAGGCGGACGUCGCCUCUGGCAAGAAGGCGGAGGUUGUUUGCAUGGAUGUGCGGCCGCUGGCGGGCCAAAAGGGCCUGACCUGUGGGGUGGACACCAACGCAGGGGCGAAGGAGCGGAACGACGACCGCCUGGCGGCGCAGGACCUGCACGAGCUGGGCUUCCUGGCGGGGAUCUUCGACGGCCACCGAGGUGGGUCCUGUGCUGAGUUCGCUGCGAAGCAGGUCCCGCCCAGCAUCCUCUCAGCGUACCGCGCCCGCGCGAAGCGAGAGGGGAGCCUGGUGAAGCUGUCAGCGGAGAAGGAGGCCGCGCUGAUCGCCGAAGCCUUGGUGGAGGCCUUUGAGGCCACCGACAGGGCUUGGCUGCAGGCGGCGAAGAAGAAAGAUCUCCAAGAGGGGUCCACUGGCAUCGUGACGUUGGUCUCCCAUGGAUUCAAUGUCCCGCUCGAGGCCAAAGCCCCGGUGGGCUGCGCGGCCUUGUGGCCCAAGCCAAAGGAGGAGGCGCCCCCAGAGAAACAGCCGGGGACUGUGGCGCGAGCUGUGGGCGGCGUGGCGAAGCUCUUCGUGGCCUGGGCCGGGGACUGCCGCGCGGUGCUGCUGCGGGGCCGCCAAGGUCUGCGGCUCUCCGAGGACCACCGUCCGCAGCGUGUGGAUGAGAAGCGCAGGAUCGAGAAAGCCGGGGGCCUGGUGGUGCGUGACGCCCACAAGGUGUGGCGCGUGGGGCCGCGGCCAGACAACAAGCUAGCCAAAGAGCUGCAGAAGGGCAAGAAGGACUCGCAGCAGAUGAUGUGGUUCCUUUCUACUUGCAGAGGUUUCGGGGAUCCGAGCUUCAAAAACCCAGAUCCCAUCGUGAUCGUCACCCCCGACGUGAAGAUUGUUGACCUGGUACCUGAAGAUUGGGCCUACGUCAUCGGCAGCGAUGGCAUUUUCGACGUCCUCAGCGAUCAGGAAGUGGCGGACAUCGUGUGGCGGGUGGUGGGCCAGGGGAAGGACGCGGUGAGGGCCGCCAAAGAGGUGGUCUCCACAGCCUUGCGCAAGGGCAGCCGUGACAACAUCACCGCGGUGGUCAGCAGGUUCGGCUGGGCGAGCCCGCCGGCGCUGGACGCGGCGGCGGCCACGGUGAUGUCCAGCCUGGCUGACGCCGGGGUCUUUGCGCCCCCGGCGGAGCCCUCUGACGAUGUGAAUAUGUUCGGGCCGGAGCCUCUGGGUGGUGAAUGUGGGCUGUUCAAUGGCGACCUCCUGCGCUUAGCCAAAAGCCCGGUGCCGAAGCUGUACUCUCUCAAGCGCCUCGUGGCCCUCACGGACCGGGCGGUGCUGCGGGUGGCAGGUGCAGGGAGCGGUCAUUUCCUGCAGGGCCUCUGCACGCAGGACGUGCAGCAGCUGGCCGGGCGGGCGGUUUUGCCUGCGGCCUUCCUGUCCGCCAAGGGCAAGGUGCUGUGUGACACCUUGAUCCAGCGCUUGGAGCCCGACGAGUUCUUGGUGGAUUGCCACUCCUCCGUCGCCGCGUCGCUGCGGCGGCUGCUGAUCCGGCACAAGUUGCGACAGCCGCUGGCCAUCGAAGACGUGUCUGCAGGCUACCAGCCUACAGCUUUGCUGCCCGCCGCAGGGGAGCCAGAAGGUGGUGUGGAGGGCUACUGGCCGGACCCCCGCUUCGCGAAGCUCGGGCACCGCGCCAUCCUGGCCAACGGCUCCGGAGAGGCCUCCGCCUUGGGCGCGCUGUGGGAGUACCACUCCUGGCGGGUGCGCUGCGGGGUGCCGGAGGGGCCCCAGGACAUGAAGGACGAGGUGAUGCCCCUGCACGUGAACCUGGACCUGCUGAACUUCGUGUCCUUCAACAAGGGUUGCUACGUGGGCCAGGAGCUGCUGACCCGCACCAAGCACCGGGGCGCGGUGCGGCGCCGCGUCUUCACCAGCAUCGCGGUGGAGGAGAGCCAGGCGGCGGAGGUGCAGGAGCGCUUGCGGCAGCUGCCGCCCGGCUCGCCGCUGACGCCGGACUUUGUGGCGCCUCUGAAGGAAGAGCCCGAGAUGGAUGCGGCGGUGAUGUGCAGGAAGGGACACGGCGAUGCGAAGCAGGUGGGGUCCCUCCUCACGGUGUCGCAGAACAUCGGGCUGUGUCUGCUGAGGUGUGAAGCCGAAUUCAAUGAGCCUCACAGUUUUAAGGCUGCGCCCCUCAGUGAGGACGCAGUGCUGGAAACCGCCGGCUUGCGAGUCUUUGUGCGGGCCCCGCCCUAUGUGUUUUAG